GGUUUCGAGCGUAAAAUCUCCCGCAAGUUCGCUUGGUUCGCUGUGGUUGGCCGUGAUAUUGGCUGGCUGUUUGUUUUUCCUGCUAAGAGCCACUUUCUGAAGCCAGUAAGACGCGAACGAACAAGCCGACAAGAUGCCGUUUUCGUGCUGCUCCGCGUCGUUCUGCAAAAACAAUCGGUACAACGUAAACAGACGCGGCCUAGACAUUACGUUCCACACGUUUCCACCGCUGAACUAUCACAACGUAAGGCAGUGGAUCGAGUUUUGCCAGCGCGAGGAAGAUUGGCUGCCGAACAAACACUCGGUACUGUGCUCGGCACACUUCAGGGACGAUGAUUUUCAGAUGAACAACUGUCCGAUCAUCAAGCAGGGCAAACGGUUGAGACAUCUCAAGGGUUAUGCCGUUCCUUCCGUCAUGAGCCGUCCGCCGAUUACACUGUCCAAGCGCCAAAAGCUUGACGAGGUGCGUAUAAAGCUGCUGGCCAAUCUUUACAACAAGGACGAGCACAAUACAGGAUCGGAAAAUGAUCACACGUACAGCGAGGCGAAGACGGACGAGCCGGAACAGAGGGAUCCUUUGAAUGGGUGUAAGAAGAGUAUCUACUUUUUGCAACGAUAUCCCAACGUGUGCGCAUUCUGCUUGAGACUAAUGGAAGACGAUUCGGUGUUCCUGCCGCUGGGGCACUUUCACGACUCGCUGGAGUGUACCAUCGAGCAAAAGCUGGAUGAAAUAACUGGCGAUCCGAUGGAUCAAGAGGAUCGAAGCGAUGUACAAAACCUGCUCCCCGACAAGGUGUGUGAAGAAUGUCUAGAAACGCUGAUAAAAUUCCACCAGUACCAAAGACAGCUGGAUUGCAUGAAGAAAUUCAGCACCAGUAUUGCACACCUGCUGCACGGCAAUCCGAACCCGUUGGAAAAUCUGUACCAAGACCAGGGUCCUUAUCUGGUGAACAUACUGCGCAAUCUGGAUAUUGCUCAAGGCAAGCGGAUAAACCAAUCGCUGGAGCAGGUGCUGGAAGAGGUGACAUCGUACGGGCAGGAUAAGCAGAACCUACCCAUAUACGCGGAAGGUCCAGCGGAUCCGCGAUCGUUCGACCAGAGCUCUAGCACGGACGAUGCACUGUCGGAGAGUAUGGACACAUGCGACGAAAGCGGUACAACCGGGCCAGCAGUGUACAAGUCUUCCGGUACGGCACGGUCCGGCGAACGGACGCUAGAAAUCUAUGAAGUGCCGCACGGGAAUUCACGCAAGCGGUUGGCUGAAAAGAAUGAGACCCAAAAGCUGCACACCUGCCCGUACUCUACGAUCUGCCAAAAGUGGUUCCUCACGGAAGAGGCCGUGCAGCAGCACAUCAAGGAGGAGCACAAAUCGUUCGAUUGUCACAUUUGCGGCAGUAAGAUAGCGUUCUACGAUCUGUACCAGAAGCACAUGGAGAGUCACACCAUUGCGCGCGCCCUGCUGAGGUCUCACAAUCGAACGAGAGCGCUGUCGGAAUCGAUUAGCAGUGUAAUAAGUGAUGAAUCGUCCCAGCUGGAGCAGAAGAAGCGACCCAAACCGACCGGCAAUUAUGUGUGCGGAACUUGCCUUGGCGUGUUUGUGGACGAUCAAGAUUUCAGCAGCCAUCGGUGUUCCUUAGCAUCCAGCACAAAGCUUGCAACGCCCCAGGAUAUUUUGCUGUCCAAACGAAACAGAAACUUUACAAUCACGCCUGAACAUGCUGUAAGUGCUACUGCUGGAUCGAAAUGUAUAGCGAGUAAAACUUUCUUCCCACCCGUUGGUACUGCAAACCACAGUAACGACAACAGCGUCAAGCUACUUGACAUCGAAAUUCUCCAUCAAGAGCAUUCGGCAGCAGAAUCGGAAGAGAACGAUUGAACUGAACGGAUGCUCGCGUCACGAUGGGUUGUCCUGUCCUGUGAUUGAUAAUAAAAUCAAAAAUCGGCUAGGAAAAAGGGCCACAAGAAUUGCAACAAUUUGAAGUGUAAAAACGCUGAAUUAAGAUUAGGAUUCCAUGCAUUAUUACUUUUU